AUGGGCUCUAAGUACCCACCGUCUAUGCGGCGCUGCCUGCCCCUGUGGACCCUAAUGCUGGAGGCGGCUCUCGUUGUCAUCUUCUUCUUUUUCACCUCCUAUGACACUUUGUCACAGGAUCCGCCGAAGCAGCUCAUGAGGACUUUUCGAGUCUUCCAGGACGUGACCAUCGUGGCGGCCCUUGGCUUUGGCUUCCUCAACUUGUCUUUGCGGAGAUACGGCUGGAGCAGCGUGGCCUUCAACCUCUUUUUGCUGGCCCUAGGGGUGCAGUGGGCAGUCUUGAUGGAUGGCUUCUUGGAUCAGCACUUCCAGAACAAGGUGGUCAUCAAACUGUCCAGAAUUAAGCUAGCCACCAUGAGUGCUAUGUCUGUGCUCAUCUCAGUGGGUGCCGUGCUGGGGAAGACCAACCUGUUGCAGCUGACAUUGAUGGCACUGGUGGAGGUGACGGUCUUUGUCACCAUGAUGAUGAUUGACAGGCACUACCUCAAUGUGGACGCCCACGUAAGCAUGAUGCACAUCCACGUGUUUGCAACCUAUUUUGGGCUGAUGGUGGCCUGGUUCCUCUCGAGGUCUCUGAAUGAGACAGUGAUGCAGGAGAAGACUCAGACAGAAAAGAGGUCCAGUUUGUUUACCAUGCUGGGAACCCUCUUCUUGUGGAUAUUCUGGCCGAGUUUCAACUCUGCUCUGUUGGAUUCUCCAACAGAAAGGAAGAAUGCCGUGUUCAGCACCUACUAUGCUCUCGCGGCCAGCACAGUGACAGCCAUCUCUGUGUCAGUCUUGGCUCACUCCCAAAGGAAGAUCAACAUGACUCAUAUCCACAAUGCAGUACUGGCUGGAGGCGUGGCUGUGGGCACCUCGUGUCAUCUGAUCACUUCUCCGUGGCUUGCCAUGGUGCUGGGCCUUAUGGCUGGACUGAUCUCCAUCGGGGGAGCCCUGUGCCUGCCGGGAUAUUUUAACCAGGUGCUGGGGACCCACGAUACCUGCGGCGUGCACUACACCUUCGGCUUGCCAGGUCUGCUCGGCGGGAUCACCUACAUUCUGCUGAUCAUCUAUGAGGUCAACUGGACCACGAAUUCUAGGAUCGACAUCCAGUUGUUCUUUGGCGCUGGGACACUCAGCUUGGCCAUGGCUUCAGGUCUGAUAGCUGGUGUUUUGACAGGUUUGAUCUUAAGCCUCAAAAUAUUUAAGGCACCUCCUGCGGCCAAACAUUUUGAUGACCAGGCUUUCUGGGAGUUUCCUCAUUUGGCUACUGGAUUUUAAGCAAAA